GUGGCGCUGUAGCUGUGGCUGUCGGGGGUGCGGCAGCGGCAGUGGGGGGUGCGGCAGCAGCGGAGGCGGGGCCAACCAUGCCGGCCUAUUACCUGGUGAAGUGGAUCACCUGGAAGGAGAAGAAGACGCCCAUCAUCACGCAGAGUGAGAACGGGCCCUGCCCCCUGCUGGCCAUCAUGAACACACUGUUCCUCCGCUGGAAGGCUAAACUUCCUGCUCAGACUGAAGUCGUCACAACUGAGGACCUGAUGGCUCACCUGGGUGAGUGUGUGUUGUCUGUUACACCCAGAGAGAAGGCCAACGGGAUGGAGCUCAACUUCCAACAGAACAUGAGUGAUGCCAUGGCCGUGCUCCCUAAGCUGUCCACAGGUCUGGACGUCAACGUUCGUUUCACCGGAGUGACCGACUUCGAGUACACGCCGGAGUGCAUCGCGUUCGACCUGCUGGACAUCCCGCUGUACCACGGCUGGCUGGUCGACCCACAGAGUCCAGAGGUGGUGGCUUCUGUGGGGAAACUGAGCUACAACCAGCUGGUGGAGAAAAUCAUCGACUACAAACACUCAGCAGACAGCAGCCGAGUCAGUGAAGGUCUGGUAGCAGAGCAGUUCCUAGAGUCCACAGCGACCCAGCUCUCCUAUCACGGUCUGUGUGAACUCAACACGACGGCCAAGGAGGGAGAGAUCUCUGUGUUCUUCAGAAACAACCACUUCAGUACCAUGAUCAAACACAAGGGCCACCUGUACCUGCUGGUGACCGACCAGGGCUUCCUGCAGGAGGACAGUCUGGUCUGGGAGUCUCUUCACAACGUCGAGGGAGACGGGAACUUCUGCGACUCCGACUUCAGGCUGUGUCACCUCCAAGAGAGCGCCGCCCGCGCAUGGCAUGGCCAGCGCCAGGACCAGCAGAGACAGAUCGACCAGGACUACCUGGUGGCGGUGUCCCUGCAGCAGCAGCAGGGCGGGGCCCCGGGGCCCCUCAGUGACCUGGAGUUGGCCCGACAGCUCCAACAGGAAGAAUACCAGCAACAGCAGCAGCAACUACAGCAGCAACAGCAACAGCAACCACAGCAACAACAAGGAUCGCCUGCUGCAGCAACGCAGGUCAGAGGUCAGGGGUCACAGCAGGGCGGAGCGCGGAGAAGAGAGAAGGACUCGGACUGUGUCGUCCUAUAGACUCCUUUUAUUAUCAUUGUAAUCUAUUGAGACGCACAGACACACACACACACACACACACACACACACAGA